AUGAAGGAUGCUGAGCUCUAUACUCCACAGACAGAGGCUUGCAGCUGGAUGAAGGGAUGGAUGGUAGGGAGGUUGCAGCUCUCCCAGCAGGCUUGGUUUGUGCUGGGUACAGAUUACAGGCUGACUGGCUGGCUGUGCAGAUCCUGUGUGUGUGCGUUGCCUUCACUCGCCCUCUCCCCGAGGCUGGCGACUGCUCCGGGUCAGCGUUUUGGAGGGUGCAGACAAGUUCCCAAGCUGAGUCACAGCGGUGGCCGGCCGGCUACUGGAAGUCGCCCCGCUGGCUACCCUCGUCCAAUCACUGGGGCUGGUAUGAAAGUACGAAGAGUGGGAUGUGCCAGACAGUCAGUGCCAACCCCUGUGCAG